CCCAUAUUUAUCCUCUCACAACAACCCACAACUCUGUGUGUGUGAGAGGGAGAGAGAGAGAGAGAGAAUGGACGGCGGCCACAUGAACGGCAUGACGCAUAUGCCACCACCGUCACCAGUCACCGCCACCGGAGCACCACCAGUAACCACCACCACCGGAGCCACCAUGCAGCAUCAUCCAAUGAUGCACAUGGCCUUUUUCUGGGGCACAAACGGCGAAAUAUUAUUCCCGGGUUGGCCCGGAUCCAAUUCGGGUAUGUACGUUCUGGUUCUUAUAUUCAUCUUCAUCUUAGCGUUUCUCGUUGAGUUUUUAUCUCACGCGAAUUUUGCACGACGUGGGUCCACGACGGCGGCGGUGGGGUUGGUUCAGACGGUGGUGCAUACUCUCCGAACUGGUUUGGGUUAUAUGGUAAUGCUGGCGGUGAUGUCGUUCAACGGUGGUGUGUUUCUGGCGGCGGUGGCCGGUCACGCGCUUGGGUUUUUGGUGUUUGGGACUUCGGUUUUUCGAAAACCACCGCCGCCGGUGACCGGAGAUAAAAGUUCGGAUCUGUCUCCGAUGAUAUGUGCUUGAUUUUAGAUUAUGUAAUAAUUGAGUUUUUGUAUGCUUAUUUGAGAUUAUUAUUAGUUAAUUGGAGAAACUUUUGGAUUUCAAAAUAUAUUUCCAUUGACAAUAAUCUAAUUUGAGUUGAUAUGUAAUUAAGGUUGCUUUCUAGGAUAAAUACGAAUAGAUAUUUUAUGAA